AUGGCGCCAACACCGAGAUCAAGGGCUUCCCGGGUGGUUGCAGUGGCUCUCGUGGCUUCUCUAAGCGUUCAGGUAUGUGUGGCGUUUUUGGCGGCUGCUCCGGCGUUGGCUCGGGGAGGAGAGUGGGCGCGGUUGGGUCGAAGCGGCGGCUCCGCUUCUGCGAGCAGCACACGGGUCGAGAUGGUGGCUGCCGAGGCGGCCGCGGGGCAGAAGCAGCUUGAAACGCUCAAGUUCCUAACACCUGAGACGGCGCGCGCGACGAAGGCGGCCGUGGGGACCCCGGCUUACGUGUACGACGCGGCGAGCCUGAAGGCCAACGCGGAGGCGUGCCUGGCGUUCCCGAACGCUUACGGCCUAACGGUGCGCUACGCCAUGAAGAGCCUCCCCAACAAGGCGGUGCUGCAGCUGUUCCAAGGGUGA